UACACGCACGCACAGCUGACAGGCAGUUUUAUUGAAAUGCACUGAUGCAUGUGAGUAGGGUACUGUAACAUACACGUGUACAAAGUUGUUCGGUAUGCUAAAUUAAACAUUACUGCGUGUUGCAAAGGAAUUAAAAAAAAUAGCAUGUACCCCCAAAGAAUACUCAGCACCCAUGUUUAAAUACAUAGCAUUGUUAGAGAGAACUAAAUUUAUUCAAAGUUCGCCCUCAUUCCAUAGGUCAGGAAUCUGAUUUUGACGGUUAUGCACUGCAGCGUUGGGAUUGUGUGAGGCAGGUUCAUUAUGGUUGGGAUGAUUACGGCAAAUACUGUGCUCGAGGUUUGUUGUUCUUUUUCUGACAAAUAAACAGUUUUCGAGUGAAGGCUAGAUUUGAGCACUCUUUCGUAGGGAAUUCCAUGAACCAUUACUAGACUGUCCUAAUCUGGCACAGUCACAUGAUACAGGUCUGACGUCAUACCACAACCAGCGUUGAUGUUGUUGGCUUCAACGGCUGCGGCGCAAACGAGAAGAUAAACCCUCCGAAAAUGGCUCGCGAGUGAAAAGUUUCAUUAUCCCUACGGAGUAGAGGAUUACAUUUUUUCCCUUACAGACAGGUCAGGAGCAGGCAGGCAACACAUGGCAGAGCCGGUUGGAGAAGGGAAGACGUGUAUCAUGGAGAGUGAGAGAGAAGAGGGGGAUGUCAAACCCAGUGAAGAGGCCUCCACCCAACUGCUGAUGAACGACAAUAUGUCUAAGUCUUCUCAGUCUUCUCAAAAUAGUUUGGACCAUCAUUUGGACAAGGAGGUCACACACUCUCAAAGAGACAGACAUGGGCGCUUUAUUAACCCUUGGCCUACAUGGGACUUCCCCUCUUAUGCCACCAUCCUUAGACUCUUCCUCACAGAGAAGAACAACAGCAAUGUGCCCUCACGGGAGGUGUUAGAUAAGGAGCUGCCUGUUUUGGAACCCUACUUUGUUCAUAGCUCUGAGCGUGUGUGUGGCUCUGGUGCAGGACUUAGAGUGACAUGGUUGGGACAUGCCACGGUAUUGGUGGAGAUAGAUGGACUGGUGGUGCUGACUGAUCCCAUCUUCAGUCAAAGAGCUUCUCCACUUCAGUUCAUGGGGCCCAAGCGUUUCCGUGGCCCACCAUGCACCGUAGAUCAGCUCCCUCAUGUGGAUGCCGUGCUCAUCAGUCACUCACACUAUGACCACCUGGAUGCUGGCUCUGUGGCCCAGUUGAAUGCAAGGUUCGGGGAGGAACUGCGCUGGCUGGUGCCGCUGGGCUUGUUGGACUGGAUGCAAAAAAGCGGCUGUGAGAAUGUCAUUGAGCUGGACUGGUGGGGGGAAAACUGUGUCCCAGGGCACAGUGAGAUCACCUUUGUGUGCACACCAGCACAACACUGGUGCAAACGCACACCCGUCGAUGAUAACAGGGCACUGUGGAGCAGCUGGUCUAUCUUGGGUCCCUGUAAUCGUUUCUUCUUUGCUGGAGACACAGGAUACUGCUCUGCUUUCCAAGAGAUUGGCAAACGCUUUGGGCCUUUUGAUUUAGCUGCCAUCCCCAUAGGAGCAUACCUACCCAGAGGAAUUAUGAAAUCCCAGCAUGUGGAUCCAGAGGAGGCAGUACAGAUCCACAGAGACGUUAAGGCUAAACACUCUCUGGCCAUUCACUGGGGCACCUUUGCCCUGGCAUAUGAGUAUUACCUGGAGCCUCCGGUGAGGGUGCGAGAGGCAAUGUUGACUCAUGGACUGAACCCUGAAGACUUCUUCACUUUACAUCAUGGGGAGUCUCGGGACAUCAACAGCUACAAAGUGGCCAACUGAGAAGACCAAGCACACAUGCCGGUUUAAUCGCAUCCGUUAAAACAUAUACCUUUAAACACAUGCAGUUUAGCGCACCCUGUUGGAUGACCUCGAGAAGUAGCAGUAUUGCCUUCCUAUUUUUAUGAUACAACACCUCAGAAAGAGCUCACCAUCUCAGUCAGCCUGACAUACACAAAACAGAUUUGAAGACCUCAGAUGAAAGAGAAAUAGAUGUCUCAUUCGGGUGUGUAUCGAACAGACACAUGCUCACCUAUGCUGGAGCAUUAUAUGCUGACUUUUUAAAUUCUGAUCAUGGUUUGAAGUUGUGUAACAAUAUGUGCUGCUUUGCCACUAUGGUUUGUUUACAUGUCCUUUGCACAGUCAAUGACUUACAAAACCACAUCCCACAAUUCAUUACAAACAUUCAGAAUCCUCAGCCAGUCCCAGGGGAAGAGCACAAAGGAUCGAUUGCCUGUUAAGCCCAAGGGACGAGGCUUUGCUACUGGAUAUUUAAACUUAGUUGUUUACUUGCAGUGGCUCAAAACACACCUGCCCCAUAGAAUUAAUUUCUAAAGAAAAAUGUCAAUGUGGCAAAAGUAGAUUUUUUGAGUAGCACCAUUCAGCAGUCUUUUGUAAUAACCAAAUUACAACCAUACAGAAAGAUUUGUUCUACAUUUUACCAAACCAAAGAUAUUUAUUUUAUUGGUGUCAAAGUUUGAUUUAACAAAUGCAUGAUGCCAUUAGUUUUUAAUUAUUAAUGAGUUUGUGGGAAACAUCCCCCAGUUGGAUAUGUAUUCCAGUGUUAUUAACCAAAAUAGAAGUACAGCACUACAGCCCUUCCAAUUCGUUAAUGAAAUGGAAACUAAAUUUACAGAAAAAAAAAAAGCUGCCACACUGACGUUGUGCUCUUUGGAUCAAACCAAGAGCAUAUGCUCCUCUUUUCCAGGUGAAAUUAGUUUUCACUGCAGUAAGUUGCAUGUAUUUGCAGUAAGCAGGAGUAUCCAGUGAUCAUACAGUUCAACUUUGGAAAUACAGUAGAAACAUUAUAUCUUUUGUUUGUUUGUCCAGGGAACUCAUUGAAGUGUUGUCUCUGAAUGUUUCUAGACAGAAAAGGAAAAUUUGUUUUGUUAGUAAAAUGCCAUAUUUUUUGUGAUGCCCAGAUGCAUGCAUUCAUGUCUGAUUUGAAUGGAAACCCUGCUCAUUGUUUCGGUCCCUGUUGCCCUUAAAAUCAAAUGCACCAGGUCUUUGUUUCUCGCUCCCUCUAUGCACGUACUGUGAGUAAUUACAUCUGCUUCCUCUAUAAGAGAACAAGGAUGGUCAUAUUUGCCACUUGAUUUACAAAUUUCGUUUUUGUAAACUCUCACUUCCAACCUGCAAUGCUCAGUCAUAAACUAAUGGUAUAACAGUUCAGGGAGUCUCAGGUGGCACAUUUAUAGUAGAACAGAGAAUCAGACUACUCUUGAGUUUUAUUGAGUUUGAAGUGUGAGUGAUUUGCCCCACAUUAAGGCCUAAGGUCCUACCCGUUAAGGUAGCUUCAGACCUCCCUCCCAUUUUCCCUGUUGUUCUCUCUCCAAACGUGGGUUCUGCUCAGGCGCAGUCACAAGCCCACAAAUGUUCACACAUGCUCUAACACAGUUUGCCCAUCAAGCACAAAUGUGCUGUCUCAUUCACAUGCAUACUUUUCUCCUCUUGCCCAGCUACAGAUGCAGCUUUGGACAUACACACCCAUACCUUUUUCCUUUGUAAGCUAAAUAAUAGUUCAGCUGUCCAAUUGUAUACAAUGUAAAUAUCUUAAUUACCUUUCAAUCAUGAUUGUUAUAUUUCUAUAUUUAAUAAAUGGCCUUUUAUCAAACCCUGUUGUUCAUCUAAUCAUUCAAAUAUCAACUAAAGCAAACAAAAUAUGAAAGAACUUCAGAUGU